UACGUCACGCUUUCAUUUCACUUCGUCUUUCUCUCAUCACGAACUUCUUGCACAGGUAGUCCUCGCUCCUAAUCGUGUUUAUCGACGACUGGCCUUAACCCCGCCUCUUUUAGCUUUUCCAUGUUUCGUCGUCGCAGAUGUAUCAGUAUCCGCCACUGUUUCGUGUAGUAACUACGUACACAAGAGCUACCGCCACUUUCUCUCUGCGAUCGUCCAUCAAACGUGUAGCAAAGCAGCUCGAAACAGCAACAAUAUUUGAUAUGGCGGGAGAUUCAGAUUGUUCCGCUCCGUUCCGUUGGCCUAAGGCUUUUCUAUUCGGAGAUUCAAUUACCCAGUAUGCCUUUAGUCAUGAUGGCUGUUGGGCUUCCCUUGUGGCAAACAUUUUGCAAAGGAAAUGUGAUGUUAUCAACCGGGGAUUCUCUGGAUAUAACAGUCGGUGGUGUAAAAAGAUUUUGCCUUCUGUAUUGAAUAAAAAUGAACUGAAAGAUGCUGUAUUUGUGACUAUAUUCUUAGGAGCAAAUGAUUGUGCUGAUGUAAAAAUUAAUCCUCUUCAACAUGUUCCUGUAGAUGAAUUCAAAAACAACAUGGUAGAGAUGGUUCAAAUACUUCAGGAAAGUGGAUUAUCUGCUGAGCAAGUGAUUCUAAUCGGCCCUCCUGCUGUAGAUGAAGAGUCCUGGGCCAAGUGUUGUGAACAAAAAGAUCGAGUCAGUUCAAAUUUCAAUAAAAACACAAUUCAUUAUGCUGCAGCAUGCAAACAAGCAGCUGAAGAGGUUGGCACUCAAUGCAUAGACCUUUAUACAGAAAUGAUGAAGCAUAAUAACUGGAAAGAGAUGCUGAAUGAUGGACUUCAUUUAUCAAACAAAGGUUCCUGUUUUCUGUUCUCUCUGUUACUCCCUUUGGUUGAGGAACUGACAAAGAAUUUGCCAUUUAUACUCCCUUACUGGGCGGAUGUUGACCCAAACAACCUUGAGAUGUUACUAGAUGGUAUCAAAUAAAGUAGUACCACAGGCAUUUAACUACAGUUAUUACUGAAGGAA